CUUCAUAUUUUGAGUGAGCCAGUGCAUAGGGCGCGGUUUUCAAACUCUCUGCGCGCAAAUCUUUACGCUGGCCUGCUUCCAUUCCUCUGCAUGCAUGUGGACACCUAUUGAGUGUGAAGGGAGAGAACGCAUGACCCUUCUCUUUCUCUUAUUUAAUUAAGUCUCUCUCUUUCCCCUGCAACAUGUGAAGAUGAUGGGGGAGCAACUUUUUGAAAACAAGCAAAACAACGCCUGCUUCUUAAGCAUUUUCUUUCCCGACAGUGAUAUGUUGGGGAUAAUCAAGUCUUGAUUGAUUCCCUUUUGCUACCUCUGUGUGCUAUUUCCAAUUGUUCAUCACCCCCUUCUGCUUUUUUCAUGUCUGUUGUGGGGAAGCUCUUAACUUGUUUAGGCUUCUCUCUUAUAAAGGGUAAAGCCUAAUUAUACGAAUUCACAACACCACUUUCCUUUUGUACCAUGGCGCUUCUCUCUUCCUCUCUCUCUCUUCCCCAUCAUCCAUUGCUCUACUUCCCUACCAAGUCCAUUCCUUUAGAUUUCUCUCUCUCUGCAACUGCCAACUCCCAUGAUUCUUCUCCUCUGAUGCAGGGGUCAAAGAUUGAGAGGAUCAGGGGAUUGUUUGAGCAUAUGAAGCUCUCUGUAUCGGCGUAUGAUACGGCCUGGGUUGCCAUGGUUCCAUCUCUCUCUUCCUCUAAUGGCGCUUCUCCUCUGUUCCCUGAGUGUUUAACAUGGGUGUUGGAGAACCAAUAUCCGAAUGGCUCUUGGGGUCUCUGUAACAACCAUCCUCACUUGAUCAAAGACUCACUCACUUCUACAUUGGCAUGUACUCUCUCUCUCAAGAAAUGGAACAUCGGCGAGGAUUAUAUCAAUAGAGGGUUGAAUUUCAUUGGUUCGAAUAUCAAGUUUGCUGAUGAUGAGAACCAGCUUUCCCCAAUUGGGUUUGAUGUUAUAUUUGGGGGAUUGCUAGGAAAUGCCAUAGAAUUGGGUUUGAAUUUACCUUUCUCUACCCAUUUUAUUGAGACCAUGCUGCUUAAACAUAGUUCUGAAAUUCGAAGGUUAUCUGGAAGCAAUAUUGAGAGAGACAUGGCCUAUCUAGCUUAUAUUGCAGAGGGAUGUAGCAAAUUACUUGAGCGGGAGAAGCUUUUAAAAUAUCAACAGAAGAAUGGUUCUCUAUUUAAUUCUCCGUCUGCGACCGCAGCUGCCUUCACCCACUUCCACGAUUCUAAAUGCCAAGAUUACUUGCAUCAACUCUUAGAAAAGAUCGGCAAUGGAGUCCCUGCAACUUAUCCUUUCGAUAUCUAUACUCGUCUAUAUAUGGUUGACUGUGUUGAGAGAUUAGGAGUUGCAAGGCAUUUUGGGGAUGAAAUUAGCGUAAUUCUGGAUGAUACCUAUAGAUGCUGGCUAGACAACGACGAGGAGUUAUUUUCAGAUAUUUCAACAACUGCUAUGUCAUUUCGGCUUCUUAGGAUGAAUGGCUACGAUGUUUCCUCUGAUAGCCUCGGUCAUUUCAAAGAAGAGAACUUUUUCCCCAACCCUGAAGAAGGCAACCAUACUAUUGUGAAUACCGUUCUAGAAAUGCACCGAGCUUCACAGAUCACGAUACUCCCCAACGAACCUGUCCUGGAAAAAUUACACUCAUGGUCUAGUCAUUUCCUGAAGCAACAACUGAUCAAGAUGGAUAAGCAACCAGCUGUGGUUGUUCAAGACAUUGCUAGAGAGGUGGAGCAUACCAUCAUGUUUCCGUGCUACUCCAUGUUGGAGCGCCUUGAGAAUAGGAGAUAUAUUGAUCAAUGUGGUGCUGACAAUAUUAGGAUUGCAAAAACAGCAUUUAAGUUAAACAAAAUCAGCAACAAGGAUAUGCUUGAAUUCGCAAUUGAAGAUUUUCAACUCUGCCAGUCCAUUCAUCAAAAGGAACUUGAACUACUAGACAGGUGGGUGAAAGAAUGGAGAUUGGACCAACUCAAGUUUGCUAGGCAGAAGCUGAACUUUUGUUACUUCUCUGUGGCAGCCACUCUGUUCGAGCCUGAUUUUGGCGCAGCUCGAAUUUCAUGGGCCAAAAAUGCAAUUCUCACUACUGUGAUAGAUGACUUCUUUGACAUAGGUGGUUCAAAAGAAGAACUCGAGAAUUUUAUCGAUUUGGUUCAAGGGUGGGAUGAAAAUGCAGUGGUACACUAUUGCUCUGAAAAUGUCCAGAUUAUAUUCUUUGCACUUCAAGAUGUCAUUAACGAACUUGGUACAGAAGCAUUUACUCAUCAAGGGCGUGAUGUAAAGCAUCACUUAAUAGAGAUCUGGCUUAGGUUUCUUCAUUCGCUGAUGAAGGAGGCAGAGUGGUUGAGAAAUAAGAUUGUGCCAUCCUUGGAUGAAUAUAUCAAAAAUGGUUAUGUAUCAUUUGCUUUAGGGCCCAUCAUUCUCCCAGCUCUAUACUUUGUUGGGCCAAAACUCUCAGAGGAAGUAGUCACUCAUCCAGAGUACGAGAAUUUAUUCCAUCUUACUAGUAUUUGUGGGCGCCUCCUCAAUGAUAUCCAAGGUUUCGAGAGAGAGAAAAACGAGGGGAAAUUGAACAGCAUAUCAUUGUUUAUGAAGCAUGUGCAUGGUGCUAGUGAAGAGGAGGCCAUGAAACACAUGAGGGGUGUGAUUGAUCGAAGUAGAAGGGAGCUGCUCCGUAAGGUCGUGUGUGCUCGUGGGAGUGUGAUUCCCAGGUGUUGCAAGGAUCUGUUUUGGAAUAUGACAAGAAUACUUCACCUUUUCUACUCAACAAAUGAUGGGUUUACAUCUCCUCAUGAAAUGUUGCAUUCUGUAAAUGCAGUCAUCCAUGAACCCUUGGUUCCUUUGGUAAUCUCUUGUGAUGAGGCUCACGGUCCUCCAACACCAGUUUGCCCAUAACGCUUUCUUUCCUUUUCUUUUUCUUGGCAUUCAGGAUUUCAAUUCGUCAGUUCGAGAAAGGAUGAGUCUUGUGAGGUGGCACAUUUCCAUGCUCUCCAAAAUACUCAAAAAAAGGGUAUGAUACAAGAAGAAGUCACAAAAUAUUCUGCAACCGACUGAAUCUAAUGUGUGACACUUGUACAAUCGCAAUAAUAAUUGGAUAUGGAUUUUUUGUAAAAAGGGGGCACAUUUGGUGACCAGCAGAGGUCUCUCUCUCAGAAAAGUUUCAAGAAGAAAACUGUAAAACAAAAAGCUUAUAAUUCAAUUACUUACAUUCCUUG